GUUCGAAACGAUUCGUGCACGACUCGUGCAUGGCAACAACAACAAACGGCUCCAACAAGCGUGUCCCUGUGCGCUUGCCGUCGACAGGAGGUCACUGUCAGUGGGCGACGAGCUGAUAUUUCGGCUCCAGAGUAAACGCUCCGAGACACCGAAGCGCUCAGGGACGGCUCGGGGUCACACGCAGAAGACCCGCAGUCGCUGCUGCUCGAGUUUAAACGCGCGAAACGGUCCGGAAAGUUGUGAAAGUCGAGGCCGUUAGCCGUUAGCUUGUAGCGCCGAGGCGAGCGGAGCAGCGAUGGAGUCGUGGGUGCGAUUCAGCGCUCAGAGUCAAGCCAAGGAGCGGGUUUUCAGGGCGGCCCAGUACGCCUGCACACUGCUGGGCUACACGCUGCAGAGAGGAGGAGCUACUGCAGAACUACUGAAAACAAUAAAGCAGCUAGAAGCUCACCUGAGUCUCAGCAGGAAGUUGAUGCGGUUGGGGAACUCGGCAGAGGCUCUGGAAGCAGCUAAGCGUGCGAUCCAUUUAUCCGACUGCGUGCUGAGGCUCUGCAUCACUGUAGCCCAUUUAAACAGAGCCAUGUACUUCGCCUGUGAUAAUGUGCUGUGGGCUGGAAAAACAGGCCUGCUGCCUCAGCUCGACCAGAACAAAUGGAGCCAGAGAUCAUUCAGAUAUUACCUUUUCGCGCUCAUCCUCAACCUAACCCGGGAUGCGUAUGAGAUCCGGCUGCUGAUGGAGAGGGAAUCUCGCAGUAUUUCGGCUAAAGGCUCUCUGGCGAGCCCAUCUGCACUCUCUCCUGGUCCAGAGAACGGGGAGUUUUCUCUCGGCCCAUCCACCCCUUCAUUCCCCGCCCUCCCCGUGCUGACAGCCCGACUCCAGCGACAGCUGCGCCUCCUGUUUUCGGUGCUCCGGAGUAACCCUCCCUUACUGCUGGACCUGCUGAAGAACCUGUGUGACGUUUUCAUCCCACUGGACAAACUGGGGCUGUACUCCACUGGCCCCGGCUUCGUGGGGGCCUGCGGCCUCGCUUCAUCCAUCCUGUCCAUCCUUACCAUCCUUUAUCCCUGGCUCAAACUCAAACCCUGAGCAGCAUGCACAUCUCUAAUGAAACCCCACAGUUAACCCACAAGCCACUGGGUCUGAAACUAGAGCUGCUAUGGACUGUAAUGGGGUUGAUGGAGGAAAAGAAGCACAAUGGAGUUUGAGGGGAAAAAAUCCUGGACAGAGAAAUCCCACAGGAAGUGAGGUGAUGAGGUCACAUGGUAGACAGGGCAGAAAGGGCCUGUGUGUGUGUGUGUGUGUGUGUGUGUGUGUGAAAUCGCUUGCUUAUAUGCAUAUUAAGGCUGCACAAUAUAGCACACUAUCAUAUUGCCAUUCAUUGCAGUUGUUGUGCUUCAGAACACAGGGGUCAUCAGUUUGAGGUGACACACCUGCCUUAUUUUGACAGAAAAUAAUUUGUUUACCUAACUGGGUACUUUAAAAAGGCAUGCAACUGUGAUAACAAUUACCAGACAAAACAUUGUGGGGAUGCCCCAAUUAUGAAUUUUUAUGGCUGUUUUAUAUUCUUUCUUUUUAUUUGUAAACCCGAAGCUCACGCUCAGUGGGCUAAAUUAAAAAACACAACAAACAAAACGAUUCGCUCUUUAAUGAGCAAAACUUUUACCUUUUAAAUGGUAAAUGAAAAAAUGACAGAGUAAAUUGGCUGAUUUACAGAUUCCGUGCAUUCCUAAUAUACUGUGCAGCCCUAAUUAAUGUAUGUGUGGGUAUAUUAAUCUUCGUCUUUCUGUGUGUGUCUGAGAACCCGUUUACACCUCGUCAUUUUGUGCGCCUUAGGUAACAGUGGGUACGGCCAAAAAUGUAAAUCAUGGUACAAUUAAAGUUUCUGAUGGUUUAUGCUAAAAUAAACUUGCUGGGUGUUUUUAGGCUGUUUGUAGGUUAACAGUGGUUUACAGUUCUGGGAUGCCCGUUUUUUAGCAGCCAAAGUAAAUCGGCGAAAUAGCAGAAAUAAAACAUGGACAACAUGGAGACAAGCCUUCAUCUGCUGCCUUGAUAAAUGGACUAAUUCAGUUCAAGCAGAUUAGACAGUGGGAGGUAAUCAAGUCUGAUGCAUUUUCAUUUGAAAUGUGAAAAACAUCUCUGAAUCAGACAUUCAGCUAAAGGGGGUAACAGUAGUGCUGUUUCUACGUUUGUACGUAAAUGCACCCAAGAUGCGUUUAAAACAGACUUAAACCUCUUUCAGAAGGUGGCCUGAGACAUUUAGCCAGACGUGGCUCACAUAAGAGCAUCUCUACAAGCCACAUUUGACCACCAGAACCCUUUCUUCAAUACAAGUAACGCGUUACGGUACAUUAAAAGAAAAGGAUGUUUCUUUAGUGAAGACGUCAUUCCUUAUAGAACCGUGAACACUCGGACCCAUUUGCAUGCAUAAAAAGUUCUUCGCCUGGUGAAAUGGUUCUUCAGAUUGCACAAAAUGUAUGUGGUUCUGUAUAGCGUCAACCAGGGUUGGGACUGUUAGUUUGUUGCUUGUUGAUGUCAAGCUUACAACAAUAGAAUGACAUUUUGGUUCUGUAGAGAAAAAGGUUCUGUAUAGAACCAUAUACAUCACAUUCUCUGUCAAUCUGAAGAACCAUUUCACCACACAGAGAACGUAUGCAUGCGGAAGGAUGCUGAGUCCUUAUUUUUCUACAUGGGACCGUUGGCUUUACUAAAGAACUCUUAAACUCAUCUUUAUUAGGUGUGUACAAGUUUUAAGAGGGUGAAAACUGAACCUAAUAAGAGUUUGUGAACUGCCUGUUGGUGACCAAUCAGGGGCCACCAGACCUCCAUGUGUUGUGACGUCACAACCACAGCUUACUGGCAGUUUGAGGCGCUGCGUUCAGGGGUCGCGCCUCAGAAUCUCGAUCAAAGAUUGAAAUUGCAGUUGCAGUAUUAGUCUGAAAAAUCGCAGUUAGAUGUUUUCCACAAAUCGUUCAGCCCUGCUUUACAUUAUAUACGUUUACAUUGCAUUUAUAGCACAUUAUAUCACAUUUUAACCAGUCGUCGUCUUGUAAACAUCGUGGUAGUGGCAGUGUGGAAAUGAAUGACGUCGUGCAAAAGUGUCAGCCUUUCUAUUUGAAUAGAAGAGAAAUAGUGAGGAGAUCACAGGAGAUCGGUAGUUGCAUAUGAGCUGCGCUACUGUCGGGUUUUAGUCCGAAUAACCGGCGAUGCAUUUGAUUACCAGGUGUAAAUGCGUGUGAUUAAAGUCUCAUCAGGUCACAAACGACCAGGUGUGAACGAGCUCCGUGUUUGCAUAUGCGAAUGUUUGUGGGGAUGUGAGAAAUGGUCCUGGACAGUCAGCUUUGUUAGACAGCUUUGUCCUCCUUUGGGUUUUCUAGCACAGUGUUUGAGGAUAUUUACAGUUUUGUAUCUUCGUAAAUUUCUCCAGACUAAACUUUCAGCUGAAAACAAAGUUAUGCAUGGACCCCCAUGCCUCUAAACCUCGAAAAGACUAAAACCUCUCAGAUUUAAUCAGUUCUGUAUCACAGUGGGAUUUAAUUGAGUGCAAUUAAAGUCUGAUGGUCCUCCAGUACAUUUAAGUGGCUUCAGUAUGUGUCCAACACAAGCUUAAUAGCACUAAAGCCACGCCGUAUGCUGUUGAAAUUUCGGUUUAAUUGUAGGCUAAAUUCAUGCAUUUUAAUGUGAAUGAACCUUUACAGUCACCUAAAAGGACAAACCGCUGUUCUUUGACUGUUUUUCAGUCAUUUUGAUAGUGGAAGGUUAAUUAAUGCUCAAGUUGUUAAUCAUAAUUGGGAGUUUGCUGCUACAAAAUAUCUGGUGAAAGAUGCAAACGGACUCAUUCAGAGUGGUUUGGUGUGAAAUGCUUUGUUCUAGAUCUCAUUCAGUCAGAAUUCUUAACAGUGGUGGUGAUAGGAACCAAACGUCCACCUCUGAAAGCUCCUUCACAGAAAGUUACUACAUGAAAUCAUCGGUAUGCGGCCUAAGACUUUGUUUCAUGGUUCAGAUUUUCAUGCAUGAUGUUCAUGAUGUCCAGUAGUUCCCAAAGAAGAUUUAACCAUCAUCAUGAAACAUAAAACUCGGAAGACACAUGGAGCUUCACUGGUGGGUUUGGAUAGUAAAUAAAAUGCCUGUAUUUGUGUUGUAGAUAUGGUGACCCCUGGUUCCUACCACAUCUACAAUCAACCAUUUCACACCCAACCAUUCUGAAUGACUCUGCUUACAUCUCAGACACGUGAGUUGAACUGUACAGGGUGAGUCAAAAGUCAUAGGACAAUUUUAUUUUAAUUUUUUGUGAUGAAGGUGGUGUUUGUUGUGGAUUUUCUCAGCGUACACAAUUUGUUCGGGAUGACCCCAGAGAUAAAAGUCGGUAAUAAAAUAAAUAAAAUUAAGUGAAAUAAAACCUGUCCUGUGACUUUUGACUAACCCUGUAUUUGUCCAUUAAUUGCAAUUAAUAUUUUUUGUCCAAAACGUGCUGUUAAAUUGACGGAUCUAAUGUUACUUUGCUUUGGUUUUAGGUUGUACAAGUUUAAGUGGUUUAGGUUUUAAGGUUCAGCUGCAUCUACUUGAACACAGGAGUGGAAGAUUGGCAAGCUAUCAUAUUUUGAACAUUUGAAUUUGUGCAUUCAUUUGACUGCAUAAAAGCAAAGAAUGUGUGAUUUUUCCAAUAGAUGUCCAUUGAACUGAGGGUCUGCAGAUGUUUGGUCUGAUUUUUCAGGUGGGCAGAUGGCCGGAUCGUCUUUGUUCUGUAAAAUGUAAAUGCAUCAGCGAAGCUGUACAAAGAUUCUGCUUUUGUAAAACAGUAAAUCUUUAUCAUCUAUUCUUUAUUUCAUGAGUUUAUUCCAGAGCGGAAAGUCUGGGCUACACUCUCUGGGCACUUUAUCAGAACCCCCUCCUUGUAGCUCCGCCUUGCUGCUAUACAGCAAGAGACUGUAGCUCAUCAGUUUCUGACCACUGAGCUGCUCUUGUUUGGAUAUUUUUGGGUGGUGGACCAAACGCAACCUAGCGGUGACACUGAUGCGUGUAACAGUCUCAGCAGCAAGUCAUUGUUUAUUUCAUUUCCAUUCAAAACAACCAUUAAAAACAUGUUAUUCUUUUCAGGAGAUAUUUCUGAGGGGAUUAGAUUUAAGAUAAUGCACCUGCUCAAAAAAGUGUUAAAUGAGGCUCCUAACAACCACCUGGAAGACCGGGUAGCACCAAAAUUGUAAUCAAACCCAUUGCAGGUUUCUUUAAGUUAUACUUGAUGGCUGUUUGGAGUGGAAAUGAACUAAAUGAAUGGUGGUCUUUGACUUUUGCACACUACUGUAGUUGACUAACAGCGGUCCUGUGGUCAGAGAGUGUCAACUAACGAAAGGGGUAGAGGAGUACUUGCAAAUUGCGCAACACUGGAUGGGGGUACACUAUUAAAAAAGAUGGUUCUGGAAACAUGAACACUUAAAGAAUCCUUUGCAUUGUGAAGUGGUUCUUCAGACUGAUGCAGAAUGUGUUGUAUACGGUUCUAUACACUAAAACAGCACGAAAAAGAGUUUGGCUAUGAAAUGAUAGGAGAACCCUUUUCAAAAAGGUCCUAUGUAGAACCAUAUCCAACACAUUCUCUAGCAACCUGAAGAAUCAUUUCACCAUUCAGUGAGUUCUUUAAUCUCGCAGUGGGCUCUUUGAGUGUGGAUGGUUCUAUAUAGAACUGUUUUCUUUACUAAAGAACCCUUGAAGAACCAAUCCUUACAUUAUAUUUAAACCUUAUAAUAGAGUGGCCAGUGAGUGGACUCAGAACUGUGGAGAGUAACUUCUUCCUGAAUGUCUGUGCUAUGCAUCGCCACUGUUACCGCAACGGUGAGUAGUUGGAGCUGUGAAGCUAAUUUUUAAAAUAAACAUUGCCUUGACUUUUA